AUGAUCGGCCGAUCAGCUCUGACGAGGGGAGCCCGUCUUGCCCUCCGCCGGCAGGACUGCGCCAGCCUCGCCCAGCGACGCGGGUACGCUGCCGCCGCUGCUUCUACCGAGACCGCAUCCUACGAGUCGACCGACAUCAACGGCAUCAAGGUCGCCAGCCGCGACCCCCGAGGCCCCACCGCCCGCAUCGCUGUCGUCGCAAAGGCCGGAACCAGGCGGUCGGCCCUGAGGAUCACAAGAGAGUCUGAGCUUCUGGGAGGCCAAUUGACUGCAUAUCACACGCGAGAGGCUCUCGUCGUGGAGGCUGCCUUCCUGCGGGAUGACCUGCCCUACUUCACAGAGCUCCUCGGUGAGGUCAUCACCAAGACGAGAUACACGACCCACGAGUUCCAGGAGGAGAUUGAGAGGAUCGUGCACCUGAAGCAGGCCAAGCUCACCAACGACGCCCUGGGCCAGGCCCUCGACAACGCCCACUCUGUUGCCUUCCACAAGGGCCUCGGUUCCUCCAUCUACCCAUCCAGCUCGACGACCCUUGGCCCUUAUCUGAACGAGAACUCCAUCGCCGCCUUCGCUGAGGCUGUCUACACCAAGCCCAACAUUGCCAUCGUCGCCGACGGUGCCACCCAGGCGAGCCUGUCCAAGUGGAUCGAGCCCUUCUUCAGGGACGUUCCCGCGUCGGCUUCUAGCCCACUGCAGCUGUUCACCGAGGCUUCCAAGUACUACGGUGGCGAGCAGCGGACGUCUUCGGCCGGCUCCAACGCCCUGGUCCUCGCCUUCCCUGGCCACAACCUGCACUCCGACAAGGCCGACGUCGCCGUCCUGACCGCCCUCCUCGGCGGUGAGUCCAGCAUCAAGUGGUCUCCCGGCUUCAGCCUCCUCGCCAAGGCCUCCGCCACCGCGCCCGGCUCUACCAUCGUGGCCAAGAACCUGGCCUACACCGACGCUGGUCUCCUGACCAUCCAGAUCACCGGUAGCUCUACGGCUGUGAGGAAGGGCGCCGAGGAGGCUGUGAAGGCCCUCAAGAGCGUUGCUGAGUCUGGUGUUACCAAGGAGGUUCUGACCAAGGCCAUCGCCAAGGCCAAGUUCGAUCUGCUGUCCCAGAACGAGCUGACUGGCACUGGUCUUGUCUCCGCGGGCAACAGCCUGAUUCACGGUGGAAAGAUCUUCCAGGUUACGGAGGCUCUGAAGAGCUAUGAGGCAGUGACUGCCGAGAAGGUUAAGGCGGCGGCGAAGGCGUUGUUGGACGGCAAGGCGACGGUGGCGGCAGCGGGAGACCUGUACGUGCUCCCAUACGCAGAGGAGAUCGGCCUCAAGGUAUAG